AUGUCAACAAGCAAGUUUCGCCUGGCCCUGCUCCAGCUUGCAGUGACUGCCAACAAGACCGAAAACCUCCAAACUGCAAGUAGGCUGAUCAGAGAUGCGUCUUCUGCGGGAGCCAAGAUGCUGUGCCUCCCAGAAUGCUUUAAUUUCCCGUACGAACCGAAGUACUUCUCGCAGUACGCCGAGCCGAUUCCCGGUAGAUCCAGCGAGCUGUUGUCAAGAUGCGCCGAAGAAAACAAGGUCUACCUCGUCGGAGGAACGUUGUCAGAGAGGGAAAACGGCAAACUCUACAAUACCUGCCUGGUGUACGGACCGGACGGUUCAAUGCUGGCCAAGCACCGCAAGGUACACCUCUACGACAUCGACGUCCCUGGCAAAAUCACCUUUCGGGAGUCGGAUUUUGUGACAGCGGGCGACCAAUUGACUACCUUCGAGACUCCCUUCUGCAAAGUUGGCGUCGGUGUAUGUUACGAUAUCGUAUUCGCGCCCUUGGCACAAAUGUACGCGCAGCUCGGUUGCAAGGUGCUGGUAUACCCCGGAGCCUUCAACAUGACGACUGGCCCACGGUACUGGGAACUGCUUUCAAGGAGCAGGGCGCUCGAUAAUCAAGUCUACGUGGCUUCGGUUUGCCAAGCUAGGGAUAAUGCGGCGUCGUAUGUCGCCUGGGGACACAGCAUGUUGGUGGACCCGUCCGCCAGGGUGGUUCAGUCUGCCAAGGCUGCCGAACAGGUCGUGCUUGCUGAGGUGGACUUAGAUUAUCUGGAUGCGGUCAGGGAGCAGAUGCCAGUCCACAAACACAAGAGGGAUGAUCUGUACAGAGUAGUGAGCUGCAAGGACGGAUAG